AUGGAAAACAUUUUUUUUUCAAAAAAAAAACGGAUUAAAAAAAAAGAUUACGAUCAUAUUCAUGAAAGAAACAGGAAAAUUUGUGAUAUAUCUUUAAGAAAAAUAAGAUUUAGAAAGUAUGGAAUUGGAGUUGCUAUUUUUUUUAUAUUUUUCUUGCUGGGAAUAGGAGUACCCGUAUUAUCAAGUUUACCGUCCUUGAAAGAGGCAGGGGAAAGCAUUACAAACAAUGGAAUAUUGAAAACAUUGAAAGAUAAUGUAGAAGCAUGGGGAGAAAACGUACUGUACUAUCUUAUUAUAGCAUUAUUUAGCGUAAUUAUGAUUAUGUUAGAUGUUAUGCUUAUAGUAGGGUUCUAUAAGAUUUUAAGAAAUAAUGAAAAAUAUAACAAAAUUAAGUUAAUAAAGGAGUAA